AUGACCACUUCAACGAUAAAUGCAACAGCCAAUUCGUUAAGUGAUAUGAAUAUCAAUAAUGCUCAACAGUUAACAUUGGAUACUAGUAAUAUUGCUAAAGUUCUUGUCAUUGGUGAAACAGGUUCUGGAAAAUCAACAUUUAUCAAUUAUUUAACAAAUUAUUUUCUCAAUGGUUCGCUGAAUAAUAUUAAAGUGGCAAUACCGUCAAAAUACCGUCCACAAAUAACUGAAUCAUUCAGUUAUUGUGAAAAUAAUGUUGGUGAUACAACACAAUCAAAAACGGACAUGUGUAAUCAAUAUAUUUUCGUCCAAGAUAGAACCAAUAGACAAUAUCUCUUUUUGGAUACACCUGGUUUGUCUGAUACACGUGGUGCUGAACAAGACAAUACAAAUAUGAGUAAAAUAGUUGAUGCAGUGGAAAAUCUUCAAGGAUUAACAGCUGUUAUUAUUGUCGUCAAUGGUACAACGGGUCGUUUAACAUUAAAUUUACGAAAUGUCAUUGCAAAAUUAAGAGGAAAUUUACCUGAUAUUGUCAUGGAUAAUGUUAUUGUUAUACUAACUAAUGCUAAACGACAUGAAGCCAACUUUCAAUUGACAUCGUUACAAUUACAUGGUACAGUGUAUCCGUAUUAUAUGCAAAAUUCAGCAUUUUCACAAGAUCCAAAUACAUGGGAUCAAGCAGCUAUGGAUGCACUGCAAUUCGAUUGGGAUCAAUCAAUGGAUGAAAUGAGACGAAUGAUUGAAACAAUUGAUACAUUUAAAACAAAAUCCGUUUCAGCUUUCAAAGAUAUGAAAGAUAUUCGAAAUGCGAUCAAAGCAUUAAUGCAUGAAGCUCGUUUAGAAGUGAGUAAAAUUCAAAAAAUGCAAGAUGAAUUAGCUGCCUUUGAACAUGCCGUAAAACAAUAUAAAACCGAUGAGGUAUCAUAUAAAGAUUAUACAAAAGAACGUUUAGUUGAAACAAAAGAACUCGUUGAUGCUAAAUAUCAUAGUACUAUGUGUAGACGAUGUGAUGUUGUUUGUCAUGAUAAAUGUGGUUUAAAUGAAACAACAGCACAAGGUAAUCAAAUAUUAACACGAUGUUGGGCCAUAUUACCACAUAAUGGUUGCUGCACUCAAUGUCCUCAAAAAUGUUUAUACACAGAACAUUAUCAUGCACGAAAAACAAUGAAAAUCACUCAAAAAAAAAUGCAGGAUGUUUUAUACGAUAUUAAAUCUAAAUAUGAUAAUGCAUCCAAAAAUAAAAAUGAGUUUCAACAAAAAAUUUUGUCGACAAGUGAUGCAAAAAAAAUGUUAGAACAAGCAUUGAAACAAAAAAAUGAACAAAUUAAAUUUAAAUGUAAUGAGUUGAGAAAAAUAUGUAGUGGUUUUAAUUUGGCACAAGAAUUGCAUGCACUCAUUGAUCAAUUAAAAGCUGAAUCGACAAUGUUAAGAAAUAUUGAAGCCAAACAACAAGCAGAAGAUUUUAUACGUAGUCUUAGUGAAUUUUGUCGACAAUUGGAAUUAGAUCAAACAUCAAAACAAGUACUACCACCGAUGACAUUAGUUGAUACGUAUAAAUCUGUUCCAUUUCGAUUAUCAUCAAGUACUAACAGUUCCACACUGAUGUCACCGCAAUCCGGUUCAAAUUUGAAUAGUAGCGUUCUUAAUCUAAUAACAAAAUUGAAUAAACCGCACAAAAGUGAUAGUGAAGAUGAACAACAACUACAACAGGAGGAAACACCACGUAAUAGACAUAGAAAGAGUAUUACACAUCGAAAUAGAAAUGAAGAGAGCAGUGAGAACGAAGGGGAAAGUAAUAAUGAAGAAGAAGAACAUCAACAACAACAUGAGCGGUAUCAAACGGGAAAGAAAAAACAAACUUUAAAAAAACAAAAUUCUGAACAAUUCAGUUCUAUUAGUACAGCAGAUUUAUUACUCCGCCAUAAGGAUUGUGGUAAAGAUCAACGUACAUCAAAUAUGAUUCUUCAAGAAUUGAAUAAACGUGCUCAAGGUAAAUCAACUGGACCAUUAUUAACCCCAUCCGAUGUUGCCGCAUUUACCAAAUAUACACAAAUGUAUAGUCAUCAUGAUGCACCAUCAUUAAGUCAUAUUUAUUUACAAUUACAACAAAAAAUUAGUAGCAUUACCGAACCAGAUAUCUUAAAUAUAGCGCGUGUUCCUGCUGAUUUACUAUUGGAAAUAGCCGUGUUGUUUACAUUAAUCACACAGAAAAAUACCAUGAUGAAUUAUCCAAAUUCACGACACGCUAGCAUUUCUUCGUACAAUACUAAUAAUGAACAAUUAUUCCGAGAAAAUAGCAUGUAUGGUCAACAACCAUUUUCUCCGGAUUUGCAUUUUGAUCGUCCAUGUAUAGACAAUACGGACGAACGACAACAAAAUUUUCCAACAAUGGCUCAAAAUCGAUACAGCCAUAGUAGACAAAUGAAUAGUGGAGAACCAACACCAUUUAAUUAUCCACUACAAACUAAUUAUUAUCCACAAUCUCAAAAUCGACCAUUCUAUUCUAAUCAAACAUCAUUUGAACCUAUUCAUGAUCCAAAACCAGUAAACACAAAAAAUGUACAAGGUAACUCUUAUCAAUCAUCAUCUUCACAAAUGUAUCCUAAUGUACUACAACAAGAUCCUGCAUCCUCACAUGUACAAUCACCACCUCCACCACCGCCACCACCAGUCUUUACUGCAUUGGAUCAAAGUGUACCAUCAUCAUUGGGUUCACCCUACGAUGUCCUAUCAUCACGAGCCGGUUCAGCAUUUGCCAUGAUCACACCUAAAUCAGACUCACCUGAUUUUGCUAUUAUUUCUGCGAAUUCACCAACAAAUGAUCUAACAUUUUUAUCUUCAUCAUCAGUUUUGAUUACUGACCUAUCUGAAGAAGUUCUUCAAAAUGCAAAUAUUCCAAAACUUUUACAGUUGUACAAUGAUGCUAGUGCAACAAACAAACGAUCUGUACAACAUUCUGUCUAUGGUGAAUUAGAACGACGAUGUUAUGGAAAUAAUCCUCAAUUGAUCAAAGAUAAUUUUGCACUUUAUGAUAUGAAAAUGAAUGAACAUGACUCAAAAACUCAGGUUGAAUUAGAACAAUUGUAUUCACAAUUAAAACAACAAAUACAAACUAAAAUUAAUUUUGACGCAACGCACAUUAAUGAUAUACCAAAAGAACUGAUUAUUGAAGCUGGCGCGGUGUUACAUGCCAUACAAAAGAAGAAAAAAGCCAACGGCGAAUAG